UAGGCUCCUGGGAGGAGGAGGAGGAGGAGGAGGAGGAAGGCUCAGAGAGGUGGAGAUAACACUGAGAGAGUACAGAAGUGAGAGAGAGAGACCAUCAUCUUCUGUCUCUGCUUUUCACUUGGAUCGUCAAGCUGCCUCUGCGAUGUCCGAGGACCUCUACACUUAUUUUCUUCUCUGAUUUUGUUCCCACCGGAGCCCGACAACAAACUUGAGAACAACAGCAACCGAAGGAGACAGUGAAGGAGGACAGAGCCAUGUCCUCCUGGUUUAACUGGAAUGAGCCCUAUCAGCGGAGCCCCCCCAGAGACCCGGCCGACGUGGUCACCGACACCCUGAUGCUGGAGUUCAGCUGGCAGCUGAAGGAAGCGGAGAGGCUGCAGAGGGAGCGGGAGAACGAGUACCGGCGUCUGAAGACCGGGGUGGAUUACAGCUGGCUGGCCAGCACGCCUCGCUCCUCCUACAACAUCAGCACUGGGGAAAGACUGGCCCUGGAGGACCUUUGCGCCAAGGUGCCGCCCUCCUGCUGCGGGCUGGUCAUCCUCAGGUUCAGGGAUGCUAUGCAGACCAACGAGCCCGAGGUACACGAGGUGUCCAGCCAGUUCCGAUCCGUCCUCCUGGAGGCCCUGGAUCAGCUGAAGGAGGAGCAGGAGGUGCAGCGGCUGGCCCGCCAGUGGAACAACAAGCGAGCCAUGAGCAUGAACUUCAAGUCGCGGAUCAAGAUCAACCCGUUUGGAAGCACCGCGGGCCUCACCGCCGCCAUGGGCAACGGCAUGGGGCUGAGCGACCUGAAAACCGUCUCCGAGGACGUGGAGAAGGGGAUGGAGAGGGAGAGGGGGCAGAGGGUGUGGAGCAUGCCCGACUUUAGAUACAAAGGCAGCAGCAGCAGUAGAGUUGUCUGAUGUGGGGCGUUCGGAGAACACGAGACACACUGCAAAAAGGGAACUAAAUGUGAGUAAAGUUCUCUUAAAAUUAGUAUAUUUUCCCUUGAUUUGAGCAGCUAAGUAAGACUAUUUGCCAAUGGAGUGAGUAAUUGUACCCCUAAGAUAAGAUAAUUAGAUAUCUGGCACUUGAAAUAAGAUGGAGAUGAAAUGUUCUUAUUUUAAGUGCAAAACUCUUAUUCCAUUGGCAAAUAGUCUUAUUUAGCUGCUCAAAUCAAGGAAAAAGAAAAUUUUACUUACUUUUAGUUCCAUUUUUGCAGUGCAGGCAGACGUUCCAGUGAGACUUCAGGUCUAACAUGUUGAAGGCCAAGGCUAGAUUUUCACUAUUCUGAUAUUAAGAUGUUGCCAGAGAUUAUCUUUUGCAGUGAUGUCUCUUAUUUUGUAGGAAUUUGGCAUCAAAGCAUCGAGGGCUACUUAUGCUGCAGCCUAAUAGUAUUACUUAUACAUUUUAGAAGUAAUUUUAAAGCUCUGUUGAAAAGGAGGAUGCUGCUUGCGUUGGUCAACACUGGAAAAAAAAAAGCUAAAUGUGUAAAAUGUAGAAAACGGCUGUAAAGUGCAAAAAUGUUUAUGUAGGAGGAGGUACGCAGUUUUUUUUUUCUAUAAAUUUCAAAGAGUGAGUCAUCCUCCAUGUGUGAAAACAGAGCGGAAAGGUUAGAAAAACUACAAGCUAUUCCUCCUGCGCUUUUUAUUUUCAACAGGGUUUAAAAAGAAGUGAAAAAGUAAAAAAAAAAAAAAAAAAAA